CUUUGCAAGCCGUAUAUGAUGCUAUCGCUACUGUGCUGGGGUGUGCUGCUAUUUCUAAGCCAGGGUGCUGAUACCCAGCAGAAGCAACGAGGAGGGACAGGCGUGGCGGACAGGAGGCAGUUCUGUAGCUGGCCGUGUAAAUGUGGCGUCCGGUCACAAUGUGCCCCUGGCGUCAGCUCCGUCCUGGAUGGGUGCGGCUGCUGCAAAACCUGCGCGCGGCAGAUUGGGGAUUCGUGCAACGAGAGAGACAUCUGUGACCCCCACAAGAGCAUGUACUGCGACUUUGCCAAGGACAAACCACGAUAUGAGGUCGGCGUCUGCGCUUUCAUGAUGGGUGUGGGUUGUGACCUGAAUGGGGCUCACUAUGAUAACGGACAAGCCUUCCAACCCAGCCCACUCUACAAGUGCACUUGCAUCGCUGGAGCCAUCGGCUGUACCCCCGCCUUCAUCCAGAAACCUGCAGGAAUGCUGAAUUCUGCCACCCUGCCAGCAGGUCUUAAGAGCAACCAAAGCCUCAAACACCAGCAGGACACCACCUACAUGUCAGCUUACAGGGAUCCUCCCUUAGCCUGGAAGAAGAACUGCCUGGUGCAGACCACACCCUGGUCGCCCUGCUCACGCACCUGCGGUAUAGGCAUCUCUAUACGGGUCAACAACGACAACGGAAAGUGUGAGAUGAGAAAAGAACGCCGACUCUGUCUGCUGAGACCAUGUGAGAAAAAAGCUCUCAAGGGGCUUAAGAUGCCGAAAGGGAAGACCUGCAGACCGAAAUUCCAGGCCAGUAAAGCUGAGAAGUUGUCUCUCUCUGGCUGUACCAGUGUUAAGAAGUACCGCCCAUCAUACUGUGGCAUCUGUACUGACAAGCGCUGCUGCGUUCCCAAUAAGUCCAAAAUGUUGAGCAUAGAAUUCCACUGCAAAAGAGGAUCCAACAUACGCUGGAAGAUGCAGUGGAUCACUUCCUGUGUGUGUCAGAGGAAGUGUUAUAAUCCUAAUGACAUGUUCUCAGAGCUGCACUUAAUGUAAAACAAACACGGAGGAAGUACACAAUCUGAGGGAUGUGUUCUUUCAGUUUUAGUUUUGCCUAAUGUAAGCCAUAGCGUCAGUAUAAUUAAGACCAGAAACAUACUUUACGCAAGUACGCAAACGCAGAUGUGAAUGCUUUGACAAUGCAAGCACGUGGCCCAUUGCACUUAGUUAACAUGCAAUCUUGUGUUACUAAAGUGGUACUCAAGGGGGUAUUAGACUUACCUUAAAAUGUCUAUGGCAUUAAACCAGUUGUUUUUAUUAAGGUAGCUGCCUAUAAAAUUUUUUAUAAGACCUUGCUCAGCAAGAAUCCCUUGUAACAGUUGCUCCACCAUGACAGUAGUUGACCUUGUGGCAAUGCAACGUGUGAAAUCAAGCUUGUGUAACUGCCAGUGUUCACGUACUUGUGUAGAGUAUGUUUCAGCCUAAACGUACAACUGUUCAUAUACAGUGUAAAAUUGAUAUCCCUUUACUGUUGUUUACUCUUUACUUUAUUGCUUGUAAUAGAGCAAAAAGCGUGAGACGUUUUUGUAAACACUAUAUUGUCUUGUCAAACAUGUUAAACAUUGCCUCUAGCUCAUGUGCACAGUUUGUAUGUCACAUGACCUUAGUCACAGGGUACCUCUUGAGUUUGGAGAACCCACAGUUGGUUUCUAUAGAAGAUGUAAUAAGAUAUCAUUGCAUUUUAAAGCAAGUAUUUGGUGUUCAGAAUAGCUGGUCACAACAAAUCAGUGAAAUUCUUUUUUUUGGCAUUUCUUUGCUUCAAUAACUGGGCUGUGCUUAACAUAAUUGUUGGCUUAGACUCCCUGUCCACACUAGCGGUUUCAAGCAUUUUCCAAAAGGUGCUCGUCCACACUGAAACGUAUGAAAACACUUAAAUCAUGUUACUGCACAUGCGGAAAAUCCCCGUUGCAUGUACGGUCUGAAAUGCAAAUGUCCUCGUGUUCCGUUGGCAGACACCAAUUCUGAGUAAACUUCCCUUCGCCUUUGAAGGAAAGCAAUGUGAUGGUUGUACAAAGUAACAUUUAUUUUUUAUAACGUUAUCAAAGUGAGUAUCAUGUAUAACAGUGCCGUUAUAACACGGGCCGCAGUACCUAGCUGACCUACUGUACAAAUACACCAUCCGUCAAUAGAUCAUAGGCAGUGCCAACAGGAAGAUCAUAUAAUUGACUAUGUGUAUAUAUUUUCAGACAGUGACCCAUUUCUUGUUUUAAUACAGUGUAAUGAAAGGUGAAUAUGUGAAUUCUAUUUUAACCAUAUUGAGGUAUUGUUUGAAAUUAUGACACUUUAAUGUCGUCAUUUCCCAUUUACUUUUAUUUAAUGCUGCAUUAACUCUCUUUUUAAAAGAGGGAAGAUUAAAAGGAAUAUUCAGAGUUUCUUACAAGGUAUGCGGGAUCAACAGCAUUUGUGGCCAAAGUUGAUUACCACAAAAAUGUAUUUAGACUUGUCCCUCCUUGUGCCUUACUGUAACCAAAAUUCAUGUCACUUACAACAGAAGUAUAUGGGGCCAAUACGUAAACAUUAAAAUACUCAGGGUUUCAAAAGUAUAUCCGUGAGAAACAAUAUGAGUGUUAACAUGAUUUAAGUGUGAUACAAUCACUUUCUAGUUAUAUCCAAUUUUACAACUCUGUUGCCAUGAUGAUGUAACACCAUAAACCCUAAAACAACCAUAAAAAUAAUUAUUUAAACAACAUUACAGCUCAAAAAUACAGGAGAUUUAACAGAAGAAUUAAUGUAAGUGCUUCUAUAAAAUUAAAGGCUUCACAUUUCUUUGGCCCCAUUCACUUCCAUUGUAAGUGCCUCAAUGCAAACUUAAAGAUGCUUCUUUUUAAAGAAAAGUGGUGACAAGCCAAAAUGUUUUUGAGGUAAUCAUUAUGCCACAAAUGCUGUCGACUGAGCUUAACUUCAAUUGAACUUGGAAUAUUCCUUUAAAGGGAUAUCCAAAAAUCAAAUGUGUCAUCAUUUACUCUUCCACAUUUUGAAUGUUAGACUCGUUCACCAUUCACUUUCAUUGCAUAUUUCUUUUCCCGUAUAAAUAAAUUCUUUGGUGACUAAGACUAAAUGUGAAGUGUCUAACUUUUUUGGUGUUAAAAUACAUUCUUGUAUACCAGCUUAAUAUGCAGAGACAACAAUAUGUAUGACAAAAGAAGUCAUACGGGUUUGGAAUGACAUGAGAAUGAGUAAAUGAUGACGGAAUCACUUUCAUUUUUGGGUGAACUCUCUAACAUUUUACAUCAGGAAAACGUUGGUCAUAAAUAUGUAAUUUGUAAU